AUGGAUCUGGCGCGAUACCUGGCUGCGCUCGCGAAGCAGCUGGACAUGGCGCGCAACCUGCAGGGUGGGGUGAGUGGAGGAGGUCGAGACCCUCCAAGGCAAGAACCCGCAGCCCAUGAACAAGAAGAAGUGACGUCAGCCGGCGUGGUGCCUGCUCAUCUCGUUUAUCGAAGGUCGCUGAAUCUGUUCUACCCGGACGUCGACAGCAACAGCCCGUCGUUGAAUCUGCUCUACCCGGACGUCGACAGCAACAGUCUGUCGUACAGCCUCUCGCGAGAUCCGCCUCGGAGCCUCGCUCCUCUCGUGCUGCUGCACUGCGUGCCUCCGCACCUCCGCGAACGCCAGCGCCCGCGCGCACACCCUCGACGCCUUCCAGGCUCGGCGUCCGAGUACUUGCAACGCCUGAAGCGCAGCUCGCAGCGCACAAGCCCCAGCUCUCCUCGAACACCAACCCGCCAGAUCAUGGAUCCUAGGGAACUCUUUGGUGAAGAGGGUGAGGUAGACGAGUCCAUGGAGGGUUCUCCGAACCGAGGAGAUGCGUCUCCACUCACGCGACGCUUCGCCCACACCAUCGACACGCCGUGA